AUGCGAUAUCGCGAGAAGAACACCUAUUUCGUCCACGGAACCGGCUAUCCGCAAGACAAACUCUGCCUGGGCAACCUGGUCUUGCGAGAUUAUGCCAAUCCAACCAGAGUCCGAAACUACACUCAUCCCAAUCUAUCGCCGGAAGAAUGUGAAGAAAUAAUCCUAAUCCGCAUGAGAAGUGACGAAUGUCGUCGAAACCAUGCAGAUAUCAUUCCGCUUCCAAAAACAACGAGGGUCCAGGUCAAUGAAGGAUUCAAUAUCUCCAUCGGAGCCGACUUUGUCGAUAUUGUCACUCUCAAAUUCCCUUGGAAUUCAACACGCACGCGGCUGAUUAGUACGCCGAGCGGGCAGAAGAUUGAGCUGAAGAAGUACCACUCUAUUCACCAGACCUUACUCCCCAAGCUAGACUAA